AUGUUAGACUACCCUUGUGCUAACUAUCAGUGCUUUAACAGAGGUGUUUGUACUGCCCCAGCUGACGCACCCUACUGUUUGUGUCCCCCUGGGUUCACUGGCAGAAGAUGUGAACUAGCUGUAGUAACUCAGAAACCUGGCCAGUGCCCCGCGAUCGGCAGCUCCAAGUAUAGCUGUAGAGACCCAGUGUGUAGAAGUGACUAUGACUGUAGUGGGCUACAAAAGUGUUGUAGAAAUGAGUGUGGUUACAACUCGUGCACUAAUCCCCUAUCACCUCCAGCCAUUAAUAUAACCAAUCCAUGUGCUACUAUCAAAUGUACUGCUACUACUGAAUGUCGUGUGGUCUUCAAGUGUCAACAGUGUGAGCCGACCGUCCAGUGUGUCCAGAGGUCACUCAUAAAUCCAAAUCUUGAUGGCCGAUGUAGACGACAAGGGUUCCAGGAUGUGCUACUUGUGGAUGGCCCAACUCCAACCUCGGACUACACAGCACUCAGGUGUCGUGGACGAUACAACUCGUGUCCGUCUGGGUCAGCGUGUUUGCGUGGUCUGACAGGAGAUGACAUUUGCUGUAGAGGUCCGAGGUGUAUCUAUGAGUCUCCCUACUGCCCACCAGGGCGAGCUUGUAUCCAGGCUGUCAUAGAGAGGUGCCUACCUGAAGACUGCUGGGAUUGCCGUGAAGAUGAAGAAUGUGUACCAAGCCGUUAUUCCAACAGAUAUCGCUGUCUGCGCAAACAGAACCCCUGCCCCCGUGGUUGCCGAGACAACGAAGACUGUCAAUAUACUGGCAACACAUGCGACGAUGGACGACGACCUGGUCGUGACUGCAGAGAUCUUUACGAGUGCCGACCGGUAAACCCAUGUGGAACGUGUCCCAGAGGUCAAGUGUGUAUCGACACAGGUAUCAGGUGCAUCAGGGCACCAUGCCCCAGUUUUCAGUGUGUGCCUAACAACGAGUGCGGAGGAUGUAGGCCAGGCCAGAUUUGCCGUGAGGUGAGGGGCUGCAAAGGACCAGGAGCCUGCCCACCAGUGUUUGAGUGCACUGAGCAGCUGGACAGACAGAUAGAGCUGGUCAUCAAAACUGGGGACAGCUAAACUUCUGAAGGCAACAAUCGCAAUGAUGAAAUAAAACAUGGGCCUAUCAUUGCCAACUCUUGAAA